CGUCAGCUCAAGUGAAAGACGGAAGCAAAGCGCUCAUUGUGGAGCCGUCAGUAAAAGUAGUUGUAGCGACAGCUUGGGAAAGCUCAUAGAUAGUACAGUGUGGUCGCCUCUCCUGCUCAGUGGCAACAUUUGAUUGAAUAGGUAUAUAUACACAUUAGAUAGAGAGAAAUAACGUUGCUCUUUUUUUGUUGUUGUGUGUGACUAUGGCUGAUGUUACGCAAUUCAACGAGGGGACCGGGGACUUCGCGAAAGGGUUUGCUCGUAAAGGAGCGUUGAGGCAGAAGAACGUCCAUGAAGUGAAGGACCACAAAUUCACUGCGAGGUUCUUCAAGCAGCCGACUUUUUGUAGCCACUGUACCGACUUUAUCUGGGGAUUUGGAAAGCAAGGAUUCCAGUGCCAAGUUUGCUGUUUCGUGGUCCACAAGAGGUGCCAUGAGUUUGUCACGUUCUGCUGCCCCGGGGCGGAUAAGGGUCCCGACACAGACGACCCCAGAACCAAGCACAAGUUCAAGAUCCACACCUACGGCAGCCCCACCUUCUGCGACCACUGUGGCUCUCUCCUGUACGGUCUCAUCCACCAGGGGAUGAAGUGUGACACCUGCGACAUGAACGUGCACAAUCAGUGUGUGAUGAACGUGCCCAGCAUGUGUGGGACGGACCACACCGAGAGGAGGGGACGCCUCUACCUGAAGUGUGAGGUCACAGAGGACAAGCUGCAGGUCACAGUGGGCGAAGGUCGAAAUCUGAUCCCCAUGGACCCCAACGGCUCGUCUGAUCCUUACGUCAAGCUCAAGCUCAUCCCAGAUCCCAAGAAUGAGACCAAGAAGAAGACCAAGACCAUCCUCGCCAACCUCAAUCCCACCUGGAAUGAGUCUUUUACAUUCAAGCUGAAGGCUACAGAUAAGGACCGCAGGCUGUCUGUGGAGGUGUGGGACUGGGACCGUACUACCAGGAACGACUUCAUGGGCUCCCUGUCCUUCGGCGUGUCAGAGCUGAUCAAAUCUCCUGUGUGUGGUUGGUACAAGAUGUUGAACCAAGAGGAGGGCGAGUUCUACAACGUGCCCAUCUCAGAGGAGGAUGACGGGAACGAGGAGCUCCGACAGAAGUUUGAGAAAGCCAAGCUGGGCCCUGGUACUAAGAAGGUGAUCUCUCCAUCAGAUGACAGCCCGUCUAGUCUGCCCUCUAACAACCUGGACUCGGUCAAACUCACCGACUUCAACUUCCUGGCCGUGCUGGGGAAAGGCAGCUUCGGCAAGGUGAUCCUGGCAGAGAUGAAGCCCACGGAGGAGCUGUACGCCGUCAAGAUCCUGAAGAAGGACGUGGUGAUUCAGGACGAUGAUGUGGAGUGUACCAUGAUCGAGAAGAGAGUCCUGGCCCAGCAGGACAAACCACCCUUCCUCACUUCACUCCACUCCUGUUUCCAGACCGUGGACCGACUGUACUUUGUCAUGGAGUACGUGACUGGAGGAGACCUCAUGUACCACAUCCAACAAGUGGGCAAGUUCAAAGAGCCGCAGGCGGUGUUCUACGCAGCAGAGAUCUCUGUCGGCCUGUCCUUCCUGCACAAGAAAGGAGUCAUUUACAGGGAUCUGAAGCUGGACAACGUGAUGCUGGACUCGGAGGGCCACAUUAAGAUCGCUGACUUUGGCAUGUGUAAAGAGAACAUACACGAGGGCGUGACCACUCGCACCUUCUGUGGGACGCCCGACUACAUCGCCCCAGAGAUUAUUGCAUAUCAGCCAUAUGGGCUAUCAGUGGAUUGGUGGGCAUACGGAGUGCUGCUCUACGAAAUGUUGGCAGGACAGCCCCCAUUUGAUGGUGAGGACGAGGACGAGCUCUUCCAGUCCAUCAUGGAGCACAACGUGUCGUAUCCCAAGCAAAUGUCCAAAGAGGCCGUGUCCAUCUGCAAAGGGCUGAUGACCAAACACCCGUCAAAGCGUCUGGGCUGCGGCUCCGAGGGAGAGAGGGACAUCCAGGAGCAUGCCUUCUUCAGACGCAUCGACUGGGAACGCCUCCAGAACCGCGAGAUCCAGCCCCCCUUCAAGCCCAAAGGGUGCGGCAAAGGGGCGGAGAACUUCGACAAGUUCUUCACGCGCACCCAGCCCCAGCUCACGCCCCCCGACCAGCUGGUCAUCGCCAACAUCGACCAAGCCGACUUCUCAGGCUUCUCCUUCAUCAACCCCCAGUUCGUGCACCCCUCCCUGGUCUCCCUGCACACCGUAUGAGGGGGAGGGGGCCACAGACCCCCUUCCUACCUCUGCUCCCUACCUAGCACUAACCCUCCACCAACUGCAGCCUCUUCAAGCCAAACUCCCAAUCACCAAAACUGGUCCAACUCCACAACAACAACACAGACCCUGAUAUCAAGCGCCAUUUUGAGUUCCUCUAUCAAUGUAUUAAUGAUGUGUCCUCUAGGAAUUGGACUUGGGGCUCUGAGUGAGAGGAGUUGGUGAGUGGAAGUGCUGUGUGUUAAUGGUGAGGGGGAGGGUGAAGGUUUGAGGAAGGAGAUGUAUGUAGGGUUGAUAUACUUUCCCACCCACCUGUUGUGUUUGAAAUGAAUCAUGAUAGAUAUUGAAAUGAAUCAUGACAGAUAUUGAGAUGACUGACCUGUUGUUUUGAAUGUGUGGGGACAAAACCCAUGAAACUAUGCCAGUUUUUUUUCUGAUUCUAGAGUGAAGGGUUAACUUCUUGUUAAACCCUGUACUGGCUAUACUAUCUCCAUUGAAACCCAAGGCAACUACAAACAUAAUCUCUUGUUUUGAGCUAUUGGGUCAGAGCCAAAUAUGAGGUCAGUACAGGGAGACUAUGUUUACAGUUUUACCUUGUGUUGGUGAGAUUUUAUUUCAAUAUGUGUCAUUACAGGUGCCCCUAUGUUUCAAUAUACAUCAAAUACACACCCAGUACGAAUAUCAUGACACACUAACAAUAACACAGAUGUAGGAUCUUAAUUUGAUCAAAACUUUCCUGCAUUGCAAACUAAAAUGUGUAAUGUGUUUGAGGUUUAAAAAGGCUUCUGAAGUUUGUAAUUUCCACUUAGACAUUUUAGACUUGUUUUUUUUCCCUUACGAAAAAUGUAUCAACCCCUAAAAAAAACCUAUUAAUUAUAAUCCACAUAAUAACUCACGUUUCCUGUAGCCGCACGGAUUAUUUUCCUGCUGUAGCAAACUGGCUCAAAUUAAGACCAUACAUCUGUACACACACGUUACAUUAACACAGGGAUAUCUUGAACCUUGAAGUACAGGUUUGUAUGGUUAUCUUGUCAUUAGGUUUACAACUGUGAGUGGACAUUGAGACAGAACGCAGUAGAAGUUGUGGUUAGAGGAAGUAGGCAGUGCAACAGUCCCAUCUUCUUUCAACACCUACACAAGAAUAACAGGUUAACAGAAGUAUAAAGGUGGUCGUUCCAAAAGCAAAUGGUGAUCAGGUAGCACUACUUUGUGACAGCCUUUUUUACUAUCCUCCUGUCCCGACUUUGUUGUCACUCUGCCCACUUAUCAAAAAGGCCCUCAAUGGCCAUGAUUCUCUUUAACCUGAAGAAGUCCUUCAAUGUUAAGUUCCCAAGGGAAAUUUAUUGAGGAUUUAGGAAGUAAAUUGAGAGAGGUAGCGACUAAAUUUCAAUUGAUGUCGAGUUAUUGUUUGCUUACUCAAUGAACCGUGCAAUAUUAUAUUGCAUGCUUAUACCCUUAUACAUGGCUAUAACGCCAUUCUAACCAUGUUGACUAGAGUAUCACGUUAUUAAAACGAUUAGUUCCCUUUUCUGCUUUUAUGUGAUGUCAUGCACCCCCCCCCCCCUCCCCCCAAUUAGUUCUAAUUCAUAUUUUAGUGUAACACAUACCAGUGUAUUAACUCUUUUGUAAAUAUUAAUGAGCUAUUUAAAAAAAAAAAAAAAGUAUAGUAUCUCGCAGAUUUUAUACCAACAACUGAAUGUGAUUUUAUUAUGUUAGAUAGGUUAACAUAUUUCUAUGUAAAAAAUAAAGUACCCCAAAAUAUCAACUUUGUAACAAUUAGGUGACAAAGUAUUUUAAGUCGAGUCGGUCGGGAUUAGCAAACCCGAGAGAAACAUCUGGACGACUUUUGCCGAUAUUAUCAAACGUUUUCCGUUUGCUCUCGUCUCCAUCGCACAUAUCCGAUGUCCUUGAAUGCGAUCGCUGAGUGAGUUGACUGAAUGUGUGCCUGGCUCUUGUAUCUGCAUGUUGUUGGUGAGGAUUUAAAAAUAAGUUUAACAAAAUGAUAUAAAUGCUGCAUGAUACUCAGUACCAGUAACCAGGCCCCUGGUUGGAUAGCAAGGAGUCUCUGCCCAAACACCAGAUCCAAGAUCAGCUGAACCUACCCUAAUCCUAGCCAUUCACAAUUAGGAGGCUAUGGUCAAAUCUGACUACAGAUAUGCGUUUAGGGGAACUCCUAAACACGUCUCUGUACUAGACCAGAUGGGACAACUUGCUCUCUAGUGUCUCAAUGAAGGGGUUUUGUUUCUUCUUAUCGUUAGUAUUGUUUGUUCGUAUAAAAAAAAAUACAAUUUACAUUAUUUGUAUUGUCGGCGUUUUUUUGUUUGGUUAUAGAUUCUGCUCAAGUGAUACAGGAAUGUUUUGCGGAAUUAUCAUCAUAGCAAUUCAUAUCUUAACAUCUAACUGUUGCUAGAUUUAUACAAUUCCCUCGACUUUUGCUCCUAUAAACCUUUUCCUAACCUCGUAACUGUGCCAAACCUGAAACAGCCAGAACCCGACAAUAGCAGCGUUGCACUAGCUGUCGUCAUACCAAUGACCCGUCAAUACCGAAAUCUUAUCAAUACCGAUGUGUUGUCAAUACACAUGUUUUUUUCAAUGCCGAUGACUCGUCAAUACAGAUGUCUCUCCCUGGUAGACUCUUGGUGGUUAGUCCAAGAGAGCGUGCCAACACCACAUUUCACAACGUCUUUCCGACCCAUGUGCUUCUCGCUAAAAAUAUGUAGCUAAGGGAUUGCUAAUUCAAAUAAUGUCGACGUGGUUCUGAUGCCAGACAAUCCGGCAGUCGUUUCUUGUAGGUUUUUUUUAUGUCACGUUAGCAGCCUACACCUCUGUGGGAGUUUACCUUUAUGCUCUAUAGCCGGACAGCAGUAUGACCCUUCUGCAAUACCAUGCCUGCUUACCCCUUACCUUAACUCCCUGUGCCUAUCAGUCAGUGUGUGUGUUUACAUGUGAGUGUGAGAGAGGGAAGGAAGGAAACCAUAAAUGAGUGGCUGUUGAGUGAAUAAAUUAGUGAGUGUGUGGAUGAGUGAAUAAUUGAUUGGUGAACAACCCCGUUCCUCAUCCUAUUGGCCUGUUAAACCCCCCCUGUCUGGGUAGCUCAUCUCCUCUGUCCAUCCUUCCAUUCCUCCCCCCUUCCUCAGUGCCUGGGCAAUCAAUCCAUUCCCUUACUGACAAAGCCCUCAUCCCUUCUCCUUCAAGAUCCAAUCAGUUCAUGAAAGCAGUUUCGUCCGAGAAACUCGGCUCUACAGGCUGACAGCUACCUGCCCUUCUUGCCCCUUCCAAUCCUCCCAAAACGUACUGGGGAAAGAAUUGGCCAAAUGUGUUAUUUUUCACCUUCGUUUACAUCCUGCUUUAUAUUUUCCUUUGCCUUAGCUCCUACGUUGUGUGUCCCAAAUGGCACCCUAUUCCCUAUAUAUUGCACUACUUUUGUCCAUAGGCCCUGGUCAAAAGUAGUGCACUAUAUAGGGAAUAGGAUGCCAUCUAAGAAACAGCUAGCCUCUCCCCCAUUCUCUGUUGAUUCAUGUCCAAACCAAGCGCUUCUUCUGUCCCUGUACAUAAUGAUUUAGAUAUCUACAUAGACUUGUAAAAGAAAGAAUAUAUUGUAUUUUGCAAAUGGUUAUGUUCAUUCUCCCCAAAACCCUUUGAAAGUGAGUCUGAGCUACUUACCUUGUAAUCAAUAGUGUAAUUUGUACCUACUGUAUGAUAAUGCAAAUAAAAAAUAAAAAAUGGC